GCUAAAUGUCAGCGGCCAUCUUUCACGAUUGUAAACAAACAAUAUAUCCAUGAUCAUCUGCGAUUUAAUCGCAAAAUAUCUUAUUUAAACAUUUUAUCUCAUCGAAUGUAAAUACUAUAAAUAAUUCAAGAGGAUAAACAUCAACGAAAAAAAUGAGUUUCCUCUUUGGGAUGAAAAACUCUUCGAAGACUUUUAAGCCAAAGAAGAACAUCCCAGAGGGUUCCCAUGGAUACGAGUUGAUGCAACAUGCUGCUGUGACCUUGGGAAGCGGUAACCUUCGUCUUGCAGUGGCACUCCCAGAGGGAGAAGACCUGAAUGAAUGGGUGGCAGUCAACACUGUUGACUUUUUCAACCAGAUUAACAUGCUGUAUGGCACAAUCACGGAGUUUUGUUCAGAGGAAACAUGCCCAGUUAUGUCUGCAGGACCAAAGUAUGAGUACCACUGGGCGGACGGACAGACCGUGAAGAAGCCCAUUAAAUGUUCAGCGCCAAAGUACAUUGAUUACUUGAUGUCUUGGGUCCAAGAUCAGCUGGAUGAUGAGACAUUAUUUCCAUCCAAAAUAGGCGUUCCAUUCCCGCGAAACUUUCUCAACAGUGCGAAAACAAUUUUGAAGCGCUUGUUCCGAGUGUACGCGCACAUAUACCAUCAGCACUUCAAAGAAGUCAUGCAACUCAGCGAGGAAGCACAUCUCAACACUUCGUUCAAACAUUUCAUAUACUUCGUCCAGGAGUUUAACCUUAUCGAGCGCCGAGAGCUCGCGCCACUACAAGAGUUGAUUGAUAAGCUUACCAGCAAGGAUAGAUAACUUGAUGAAUUACAGUCGAGCAAGUUUAGAAAGCAUUUUCAUACAGGAAGAAAUAGUGGUUAAACUUGGAAUUCAUUUGUUAUGGGUUUUUAUCUUUAUUUCUGGCAUGGGCCGUGCUGUAUACAUGUAAAAGAUUAAAUGUUACUGUAUAUUUCAUAUCGUACAUGUAACUCGAUGAAAUGUUAAACAAUAAUCAAUAGUUUGGUAAUAUUGUCAAUUGUAAUAUUUUCUUCAUAUUCUAAGCUAGUUUUCCCACUAGUAAAUGUAUUAACAGAAAAGUCAGUUUGUAUCAGUAAUCCAGCAGCAAUCUUUAAAAUAAUUCUAGACAAAAACCCAUACAGAUUGAAAUCCAUAUUGUACCUAUCGAAGAAGCCUUCAUUGUGCGGAAAACAGUGUUGAAAGUGUCCAAAAUGUGCUGAUAUAUUUUCGUGCUGUCAAGAGCUUUGUUAUUUUCUCUCGUGUCUUUUAAAUCUCAUGAAAACUUUGAGCGGGAAGAUAGUGUGUUUUAAUGUUCAAUUGAUCAUUUGCUAUAAAAUGUUUAAGUUCAAUUAAUUUUACCUGCAUGAUUGUCUUAGCCCAGUCUUCAGAAAUCAGAUUUUUUUUCAACAAGCCGGAAUACCAAUUUGCUUAUUUAAUAAUGAGAUUAUAACUCACAAGUGGAUAUAUAUAAAUGAUACACAUGUGACCAAACCCCAUAUUUUUACAAGCCCUUCUGUUUUUUGGCUAAUUUCUUUCAAAGUUAUGCCACAUAAUGUAAGAUUACUGAUAAUAUAUAUGGAUAGAAAAUAAGGACAACAAAUAUCAUUAUGUUCCUAAUGUUUAUUUAAAUCUAUCGACUACAGAACAUAAUCUACUGUCUUUAUUUUAGUGAUAAAGUUAUGACAUAGUAAGGCUUGAAAAAACAUGAAAGGCAAAUAACAAGAGUUGGGGAUUUUAAAGCUAGGUGCUUGCUCUCACUGUAAAGUCAAAUUUUUCAUGCAUGCAGGUGAAAAUAAUUGAAUUUUAAACUGAGAUGAAUAUAUCUGACUGUAAAUUUAUCAAUGUGCUUUUACUUUUUGGCAAUAAUGUCCAUUUUCUGUUGUAUUUUUUUAGCUUUUCUGUUUUUCAAAGAAAAAUUGUUUGUAUUGUUAAAGCCUUGGUGUCCGCGCCAUAGUGUAAAAGCCACUCUACAUAUAUAUAGGGGAUUUAGUCAGGGGUACUAAAGUUUGUAUUAAUCCUGUGUUUCAGGAUUGAGGGCCGUUAGCUUCAGACUAUUAUACAGUUGUAAAGCCUUUUGCUUAGACAAUUGCAUCAAAAAUAGUAUGAAUCACCUUGAAAUGAAUAUUUAUAGUUUUGGAAACCAUUUCAAAAGGGGUAUGAGCCUCUUUAUCCUUCUUUGGGCAUAAAUCCCUCGUACUCAACAGACAUUUGGUUAAUUUUUAGGAUUGAUGUUUAUAUUAGCUUUUUUACCCCCUGUUUAGAACAGGAAUACACGUUUAGAACACACGUUACCCGAGACAAUUCGCAGUUUUAUAGUAAGGCCUAUAACUCAGGUUUUAAUAAUUAUUGAGUUGUGCCCAAGACAACAGACAGUGUUGCUGUUGGUUUACAAACUUACAAGAGCACAUGAAAUAUGUUUUUGUGUUAUUUAAGUGAAUGGACAUACAUGCAGCCUUAAUAGUUAUCGAGUAGUGCCUCUUUUCAACUGAAAAAAACAUAAUAACGACAAGAACAGGUGAGCGUUGCCACUACUUGCAGGGCUCUUGUUUUUACCAUUUACAAGAAUAUAUGGAACACUUAUGCAUUUUGUGCCAUUGAAAUGAUUGAUAAAUAUUCACUGAAAUGUUUCCUGUCGUAAUAAAAAGAAUUUUUUGCUGGCUUUUGAAUACAUUGUUAACAGUAGGUUUAUCAAAAUGUUAAUAUAAUGUUAUCAAUUGUGUGUGAGUCAGUUACAUUUUAUGUCUUUCAACAAACACCCAUACUGCUAUGUAAUAAUAAUAAUGAUAAUGGCACAUACAUUUUAAGGUUUAAGCAAGGAUUUGUAAAGGAGAGGGUGCUGCAGAAGAUGGCCAGGAUGAUGUCGAAGAAAAGGGAACAUAGUUUUGGCCUGUAAAGAACUUGGAAUGUUAUGAGCUUUAUAGAAAAUGUUAGGGAUUGUGUUUAAUUGAAGUGAUAUUAGGUUUUAACUGCCAAAUAUGUAAAGUUUGCAUGUGUUCGCAUUAUAAGUUUUAAUCAAAACAAAAUUAUUAUUUGACAGUCUUAAGCAUUUAAUUCUAUGAAGGCAGAAGGGUGUCCAUGUUGGUCUCCAUGAGGGCAGAAAGGUGCUACCAGAAAAAGGACAGAGUGCCAGCACCCUUCCAUAACUCGAGCAAAAAACUUGAAAAUAUCCAUACCACAUACUGUACCCAUCAUCUAUAUUUGAUAGUUUUCAUUGACUUUUUAUUUGACAUUCAUCAUGUUAUAUUUAUUUUAUGUUUGACACAAAUCCUUACAAAUCAUAUUGCAUUUGUAGCUUUAGCGAUCUAAAUGCAGCGUAAUUAAAUGUUUAGAUUGUUGAAAUGAAGGCCAUCCUUUGUGGAUGACUUCUGAGCAGCCGCUAAAAUGUUUAAGAGAGUAUUUUAGAGCUGCACUUUCACAGAUAUACCAUUUCUACAACUUUUUUCUUUUUGUCAUGAAAAGAGCAAAUUUUUGGGUGAAUAUCUGCAAACCAAUGAUGUAAGAUUGCUGACAAAAAAUCAGAUCAUAGAUUUUCAUAUUUCUGCAAAAAAAUGGGUCAUUCCAAGACAAAUAUAAAAAAGUUGUCAAAACGUUCAAUCUGUGAGAGUGCAGCUUUAAAUUCUUGAUUUUCUAUUCAGGAGUAAAAAAAAUGUGUUUCAUGCCCAAAACAGGAAGGAAUGGUCAGAAUAUGUUUUUUUGUGUUUUUUUUGUGGUGUUUUUUACCAAUGAAUAAUUAGCAAAUAUUAUACCCUUUCAAUUGGUACCUAAGUCAUAUGAGGUCAUCUGACAUGAAAUGUAAGAUUGAUAUUGCCAAAAAUAAAUAAUAAAUUAGAGGGGUGAAAGCGAAAAGGUUCUAUCUGCUUCUUUAUUUAAUGUCACUUAGAACCUUUUCGCUUUCACCCCUCGCGAAUGACUCCAUCAACUGACAAGCUUAUCUUUUCAUGGUUAACUUAAGCUGUAAUGGGUUAAAUUUUUGUAAAAUCCUGGUACAUUGUUCUUGAAACAUCUUAAGUCCCUUAUAGCAAGAAUAAGCUGGUCUAACUACUUUUAUUUGGGUAUAUAAUGUGUUAUAUUGUCCAUUCUUCAAGGUUUUUGAUCUUUAAAAGAGGAAUUUUCUCUUAAUGAUUAUCUUGAAAAAAAAAAAAUAUCUAGAAAAGUGGAGAUUAAGGUAAGAAGUUUGGCUUAAUGAAAUAAGCUUGUUAGACUAAAGAACUUUCGAGAAAUUCAAGCCUGGCAGCAGUUAAGCAAAGGAGUCUUUAGUUUGGAUUUAUUCCUCUGUCAUGUUUGAUUGCAUUACUAAAAUGACAUUUCAGCUUGCGUUUGAUAAUAUACAUUACGACUUUGUUGAAAGCUGGUUUAUAAGAGGUCUUUGUUAAUAGUUGGUGAUAUUUAGAAUUCACUGCUUUGAAAGAGCUUUAAAGCUUAUGUUUUGUAUUCAAAUGAAUUCUAUAAGUUUGGUUAUUAAAAAUGUUUUGAUACGGGAACCUGAAAUGUCAUUUUUAAUAAUUAAUUUGUUAAUACCUAGUCAGUUUGUUGUAAAUAUUUGAUGCGAAAAUGCUACAAAUGCUUAUAGUUUAUAGUGCAUUGAAAAAGAGCGCAAAUCAUGCUGAGCCGUGCUGUGUGCUAUAUGAUAAAACGCCAUUUGAAAUUAUUUGUUCUCAUAGUACAGAAGUACAUUGUAAUACUGCUUAUUUACCUGAUAUUAAUGUCUCUAUCUCUUAGCUAGCUGUUGAGUGUGUGUGCGUGCGUGCGUGUGUGUGUGUGUGUGGUAGUUAAUGGUACAUAAAGCCCACUCAUUGAAUUGGGGCAACCAUAUAAAUGUUGACAUGUAAUUUGCAAGCAUUCGGCGUGAGUACAUAAGUGAAUCUUUCUAAUGAUCGCUUGAAAUUCAUGUAUUUAUUUUCGUCAUUAAUUACAUUGUGUUACAUGAUACAUGUAACAAAACUCCUUUGUAUCCUGAAGCAGUUAAUUUCCUCAUGUCAUUUCAAAUGUUAAACAUUAGGGAAGUAGUUCAGGACAUGAACAUCGUGAGAGAAGGUCAUAAUGAUUUAAAGUAAUAGACCAUUGGCUGUAAUAAACAAAUUAUAACAAAUUUUGAUACAAUAAAGUUCAUCGGCAUAUUAUUGUGAAAACUUUUACACUGCUUUUUUUUAUUACAUAUCUGAGUUAAUCUUGAGUGCAUAAUUCUAAGCAUUAUUUUAGGUACAUAUCACACUUUAAAUGGUGCUGAUGUGUUGCUCAAGAUAUUCAUGUUCAUUUUAAAUUGAUACUUGUAUUUAAAAUCAAUACAUACACAUGUAUAACAAACACAUAUUUUGAGUGAUAAACCUUUAACUACUUUAAAGUAUUCAAUAAUGCAAUAAUGGAAAAUAUUGAUUACUGAUAACAAGAUUGUAACCCUGUGUAAAAAUAGCUGAAAACGCACAAAUAUUAAAUGACUGGUGGGUCCUAAAAGAUUUACAGUGAUUAACUAUCAUCUCAUAAGGUAGAAAUACCAUGUUUUCUGCAUCUUUUUCAAAUUAAAUAUGGUAUCGUUCAUUAGUACCAUUGUUUUCGAUAUUUAUUCAUCAUUUUCGAUCAAUAAAAACAAUUGUAUUAAUUGUGGUACAUCUUAUUUGGGAGUAAGAGUGCAUCUUUAAGGUUCAGUAAGGUAGAUUGUAAUAAAGUUACAUUGAUUAUAAUUUUGAAUGAUGCCUGGUUGGCUAUUAAAGUACCAUGUAAUAUAUGUCCGUGAUAAUAUUGAUAUAUAAAUGUUGAUAAAAACUAUAACUGAGUGCUUAACAAAAAUCUCAUCACACCUUUCGUCCUCCAAUCAAUGUUGGUGCAGAUUUUGCUCGGAAUGUACCAUGAAAAAAAAAAAUGUGGAUUUUUUCGAAUACAUGUAAUAUUACUUUUGUCAAUUUACAUUUAUUGAUGUUCUAUGAAUUUAUCAAAUAAUACUUGUGAUAUAAGUAUACAUGUAUAUGUGUGUAGCUUACCAUUUAUUUGAAUGAAUGCACUUUUCUGUCUCUUUUAUUUGUAUACAGAAUCUGUGUAUACAAUCUUUUAAGUAUUGCAAUAAAUAUCAUCUAUGAAA